AUGAAUAAGACUUGCCUAAAACGGAAGGCAAAUGUUUCAUCAUGCAUAGUCUUUCUGUCGACCUUCCAUCAAUAUAGGGAAUCCUCUGCGUCCAAAGGAUUCUGUGCUACCAAAUCAAAUACCGACAUCUGGAUCACCAUCGGCAUUCGGGCAAUGACAUCUCUUUGCACACCACCUUUCCUCAACCUCCCACCUGAGAUACGCUUAGAGAUAUUCAGCCACGUCCUGCACUCCCCCCAUCCCAUUCUCCUCCUAUCACGAAAGCGAAACCAACCCCCCAACCAAGCGUUCUCCUCGACACUCGAAACGCUCAGAAUCCUCUCCAAUGAACCCCAGCACUCCAGAGAACACGAACAAGAAACCAAUGCCCGUCAUACCUCCCUCCUCAGAGUCUGCCGUCAACUCUACACCGAAGCCCGGCCCCUCUUCUUCACUACCAACACCUUCACCAUCCCCCUCUGCGGCUGGCUUCCCUGGCUCCGACCCCCCAUAAUCCCGCGGCAGGACUGGAACUUGAUCCGCCACCUCAAGCUGACUAUUUAUAUCCAGCCCUCCAGCAAAUCCAUCAGAUACUGCGGCAUGAGCGGGCCUCAGUGGCUUGACAAUGAGUUGUCCGCUUUGUGCAAUGAUCUCCCCUCGAACCUGACCAGCUUGAGGAGCCUAGUCGUAGUCGUCAAGCCGGUUUGCUACUUGGCGUCGCCAGGUGGGACAGUGAGUGCCGCAUGGGUGGAGGACUGUUUGAAGCAUUGCGUUAGCCCGCUGACGAGGUUGAAGCAGCUGAGGGAGGUGGAAAUGACGUUGUAUGCAGGAUUGAGUGAGGAGAGGCAGCGGGCAGCAUGGGAGAGGUGGAAGGAGGUGAAUUAUGAGGCGGCGAAGGCGGAUUUGGAUGGGAUCAAGGUUUCUUUCAAAGUGCCGGAAGAUUGA